AAAGACGCGUCAUAUAGAAUCUUUUCCUUAAACAAAUUAUCAAUGGUUUUCCAAAGACCUAUCUUCACACGUUGGUACAUAAAAUAACUUCAUAUUCAUUUUAAGAGGAUUCAUUUUAGGUUUCCUAGCAUUAUUCCUUUAAUAAUAACAAAUUCCAAAGGCCAAUACCACAAAUUAAGAUGACUGUCCAGUUUCUGGCUGAGAUAGCGUAUCACGGGAUGUGUCACAAGAUAGGGACCCCAGAAGAAGUAAGCAAUAGAAGGGAGAUGUUGGACAUUCGUGAGUUUCUGAAUAAUCAACGGGGAAGAAAGAAUGAGUGUAAAUUGAUGUAUAGUGGCAGUAGAAAAGAAGGAUUCCAAUUAAAAGAAUCAGACAUAGACAUAAUGCAGAUAAUUCCUAGGCACCGUGUUAUCUGGGAUAUGUCCCACUCCGAGUUAUACAAUACACAGGAACAAACUCUGAUUUUAUGUAACCCUUCUGAGAGUCCACUUGGAUUUGCCUUACUUUGGUUGCCAUUGGAAAACACAUUCGGAAUAGUUUAUUCUGCCUGUGUAAGAAUGAACGGAGAGUUGUAUAUAUCAAGUUCUAAAUUCAGAGAAAUGAAAUGUGCCUGUGCAACACCCAAUUCUACAAUACAUGGACCAUGUAGAAGUAAGUGUGUUGGGGAAAUGAUGUACGACUAUGCCCAUUGUUUUGUCAGUGAUUUUUGGCCUCCCCCUGCCUCCUCAUGGAUAAACAGAUGCCACGCAUGGCCCCCGCUGCACGUUACUGACGACAUUGUCAGAAAUGGUUGUCAUUUUGUUGCGAUAGGACACAAAGUAGGAAACCACGCAGAUAUCGAGUGGAGGAUAUCUUUUUCUCAGGCAGAAAACAAACUUGUCUAUUCAAUGAAUCAUACGCAAUUUUUAACUUAUGGCUUGCUGAAAUUUUUCUUAAAUGAAGUAAUAAAUGCUGGAUUAAGCGAUGAAGAGAAACUGCUGUGUUCAUAUCACAUGAAAACAGCCAUUUUUUGGGCCAUACAACAAAACAUGCUACCUCAGUGGAGUCCAGAAAAUAUGUUAGAUGGAUUCUGGAUCUGCUUUAAACUUGUUUUGAAAUGGGUGUAUGAGGGGGUUUGCCCUAAUUUUUUUAUCCCUCAGAAUAACUUAUUCUUAAGCCGUAUAUAUGGUGAAAACCAACGAAAUCUAUUCAGAAGACUCUAUCAUUUGUAUGAGAAAGGUUUUUUCUGCUGCUACAAAUUUUGUUGAUAAGGGAAUACAUCUCUCUAGGCCUUAUUUUUUCCGGCAGGCUUACAGAUUUUCCGAAUUGCAAUUUGGGUUCUGAGUUUGAGUUUGAUUUUCGUUUAUCUCGAGAUAUAAUUACUUACGAUAUUUGGACUACA